CAAGAGAUCGAACGCCAGAGAGAAAAGACCGUGGCUGGAAUCGAAUCCGCUGUCGUCCGCUCGCCCCACGUCUCGUGGUGUUGGUGUUGGUGUUGGUGUUGGCCAUUAGUCCCACCCAUCGUCGAGAGACGGCGAGAAGCGCAGUCGGGAUCUCGUCAUGGGUGUGCGGAUGCGCGAUUUGCCAGGAUGUUUUUGCGAGGAGGGCUUGGAUUGUUCAAACUGACGAACGAGGGCCCCAUCGGAAGACUGACUGGCGAUGGAGGUACGAAGUCGUGUAGGUAG